CGGAAACGUUGCUGUUGCGGCUGCGCAAAGCCCGCGUCCCUGCGUCGCCGUGUACGUUUGCACUUGAUUCAGCUGUUGUGUCCGGUCUGCGCUCGUGUACGCGUGCGUCCGUAAUACGCGAGGACAGUGAUACGGGACGCGUUCCUGUCCGCGAUCGAGACCUCCGAGAGCGAGGGCCGCGCUGACGAAGCCACCCGUAGGUAGGCAGCCAGACGCGCGAUGACGGGGUUCACGGAGAGCGCCCUGAUCAAACGGCUGAUGGAUUUGAACCCGUCGCAGCAGAGCAUCCAAACGCUCUCGCUCUGGCUGAUACAUCACAGAAAGCACCACCCGACCAUCGUCAAGAUCUGGUUCAAGGAGCUGUGCAAAGUGAAGGACAAUCGCAAGUUGAUGUUUAUGUAUCUGGCGAACGACGUCAUCCAAAAUAGCAAGAAGAAAGGGCCCGAGUUUGGGAAGGAAUUCGAGACGGUCUUGCCGAAAGCCUUCGAGCACAUGAAGGGUUUUGAUGAAAAGACGAGAGACCGAUUGAACAGGUUACUACAAAUUUGGGAAGAGAGAGGGGUUUAUGACAAGGCACAGAUAGCUGAGUUUAAAACGGCUUUCGUGGUAUCCGAGAAGGACUGUGCGCCGCCACCGAAAAAGAAGACGAAGAUUGAAGUAGAGAAGACAAAGAAGGAGAAGAAGGAAAGAAAAAAGUCAGAGACUGAAGUGGAGGUGGACGGCACCAAAGAGCUUCAUGUAACGUUGAGCCCGAGGACCCCCGGCGGCGAUCCACCGGAAACCGAGGAACUCAUCAAGGCCUUAAUGGAUCUGGAAAACACCGCGUCUUCGGACGCUGGUGUUAGGGAGCGUAUCGCGUCCUUACCACCAGAAGUCUCGGAAGUUUCGCUGCUCGCGAAUCUCGCCGAUCGAACGGCUGCGGAUCAAUUGAGUGCAGCGGUGAACGAAGCUGCCGCCCUUCUCGCCGAUUACAACGGGCGGCUGCAGGCCGAGAUGGAGGACAGGAGAAGACUGCUGACGAUGCUGCGAGAUUACACUCUGGCGCAAAGGCAGCUACUCCAACAGGCUCAAAGCACUCUAGAGGAUUAUAAAGAAAAGCUUAAGAAGGUGUGUGCGGUUCGAUCGGAGGUGAAAUCUCACAUUUCGAAUCUUCCCGAUUUAACGCAACUGCCCGACGUGACUGGCGGCCUGGCACCUCUUCCCUCCGCCGGCGAUCUGUUUUCCAUGCACUAAUGCAGGCUUGGGAGCGCACUUGGGCAAGUGGCGUUUAUAUAGUUUAUCACUUCGGUUUACACGAAUGUAGACGGAAAAUUCGUCGAGAGAUCCAUAGUACAUAGAUUUGCACGGCGAAAAAAAUAUGAAAUUAUAGUCGACGAUAACUUUGUACUGUGGAACAUUUGAUAAAUUCGAUAUAUACAUACAUAUAUAUAUAUAUGUAUGUAUGUAUGCAUGUAUGUAUGUAUAAUAAGAAUCCCCCGUGUAUCACGAGCGUAAAGUACGAAACGGGGAAGUACCAACGGAUAAGACGAAAUUAUUGAGGCUGUUUAUACUGAUCGUGAGAAUAAUGUUCACGUUUUCGUGCGAGAGAAUUUUUUAUAUAUACCUGUAUAUGUAUUAUAUAUCAAGAAAUAUAUACAUAUGUAUA